CGCGCUAAGCGAUUUGGCGCUAGUGUGUGUCCGGUGUUCUGUAAUCAGCUGCUGCAGCGCAGACACUUUCCACUUUGAGCUUCUGGCUGUUUUUGAAUCAUACAGUGCCGUGACCUUCAUGGCCAGUCAUGUCUGAAGAAGAGAUCAAGGUUUCCGAUGAGCUUUUCAAAGAUGUCAAAUUCUACGUGGUUGGGGAUAUUGACCAAAAGGUGGUGCAGCUGCUAAAAGCAGGAAAAGCAAAGGAGGUGUCCUACAAUGCUCUGGCCACUCACAUCAUUGCAGAGGAUGGGGACAACCCUGAGGUGGGCGAGUCAAGAGAGGUUUUUGACCUUCCUGUUGUCAAGCCAUCCUGGGUCAUUCUGUCGGUCCGAUGUGGAGACCUGUUACCAGUUACUGGCUUCUCGCCAGAAUCGGGGCAGAUAUUCUUUGGUGUCACAGCUUGUCUUCCCAGACUUCCUGAUGAUCUCAAUGCUCUGUGGGCUUACAUAACCUUUUAUGGAGGAGAAUGCCAGCUUAACCUAAACAAGAAGGUCACUCAUUUAGUAUUGAAGGAACCUAAAGGGGCUAAAUUUGAGUGUGCCCUGAAGCACUCCGGCAUCAAGAUUGUCACCCCUGACUGGAUCACAGAUUCUGUUAAAGAUAAAGCCAGGAAGGAGGAGGCACUCUAUCACCCCAGACUCACAUAUGUGGAGCCAGAAGAAGAGGAGGAGAGUGAAGCAGAGUCAUACAACCGUCAUUCUGAUGGAAGCUACAGCCCCCAGCGAUCCCGGCUGUCCAGUGGUGGCUCAUCAGAUGAGGAGUCCAGCCCCCGCAGACGACCGGGACCCAAAAGACUGAAUUCUGUCUCCCCGACCUCUCCACGCAAACCCGAGCGCCGCAGCGAACGGAUGUUUGAUGAUUCUGACGACGACUCUUCCACAGAGAAGGAGGGCACCAACCUCAACUGGACGCCGGCUGAGGUGGUCACCCCAGCUCCCCCUAUUACAACCGGUACAGCCAGGCGUCGGAGUGGGCCACCCGGCAUCAAAGACCCAGUGUCGUCCACAGGCAGUGGGCUGAUCAACCUAUGUGCGAAUGUGCCUCCUGUGCCCGGUAGUGGCGGUGCCGUGCCUGCAGAGGCUCGCUCCGCUGCUGCCGCCAUCGCUCACUCCGCACAGCAAGGUGUAUCUGUUCCAGAGAGCAUGUCAGGGUGGAGCCCGGCUGUUAGAACGCUCCGCAACAUCACCAACAACUCCGACAUGCAGCCUGCCAAUCGAGCAGCCAGCGUUCAUAUUAUCCAGCCUGCUAAUCAAACAAAGCCACUGGAGCAGCAGACGAAUCAGAGUCAUGCUCAGACCCUGAACAGCACCAAUGUUCUUCUCUUCAAUCAGGCCAAACUGACCAGUCAGCCCCUGACAGCCGAGCAGCAGCAAUUACUACAACAGCAGCAGUCAAACCAGGCCGCUCAGCAACAUCAGCAGUUAUCACAGCAACCACAGCACCCCCUGAUGCACCUUCAGCAGCAACAACAGAUGAUGCAGCUACAACACCACCCACAACAACAGCCACAGGCUGCUCAGCAACAAGGGUUCCCACAGUUGCCUCUACAGCAGCAGCAGUUCCUACAACAGCAGCAGCAGCAACAAAUGCACCAACAGCAGAUGUUUUCCCAGCAACAGCAGCAGCAUGUGUUCUCCCAGCAGCAGCUGCGACCUCAGCAGCCCUUACGGCCUGGACUACAGCAGUUGCAGCAGCAACAGCUGCUGCAACAACAGCUGCAGCAGUUGCAGCAGCAGCAAAGAAUGCAGAUGUUACAGCAGAAUCAACAGCAGAUGCACCAACAGCAUCUACAACAGCAGCAGCAGCACUUCAUGCAACAGCACCAUCAGAUGCAACAAAAGCAGCAUUUGCAGAACCAGCAUCAGAACCAGCAGGCCGUGCAGCAGCAGCAGACAGCUAUGCUGCAGCCACCGCUCCAGCAGCCUCCUCACGUCUCCCAGCUGUUUGGACACGAGCCGGGCCAAGAAAGUGAGUGAAGUCUUGAUUACUGUGGGCUAGGGUCACAUUUAUACUGCUAGAACUAAAGAAGGCCAGAGUGAAGCUUCCCUCAUUGUAUUUAAAUCAUCACAUUAAAAAAAAAAAUCAUUUUCA